GUCUGACCUGUCUGUCUGUUUUUGCAGGUCUGAUCACAGACAUCCUGAUCUCAUUGGACGACCGUUUCCUCUACUUCAGUAAUUGGCUGCACGGUGACAUCAGACAGUAUGACAUCACAGACAGGAAGAACCCCCGAUUGGUUGGCCAGGUGUUUCUAGGAGGAAGUAUUGUCAGUGACGGACCAGUCAGGGUCCGGGAGGACCCCGAAAACCAGCCGCAGCCCCGCCCACGCAUCAUUCAGGGGAGGCGUGUCUCUGGAGGUCCUCAGAUGUUGCAGUUGAGUUUGGACGGUCGGAGACUGUACGUGACGACAUCUCUGUUCAGCAGCUGGGACAAACAGUUCUACCCCGACCUCAUCAAAGACGGCUCGGUGAUGAUGCAGAUCGAUGUGAACUCUGUCAGCGGAGGUUUGACCCUGAACGAGAACUUCCUAGUGGAUUUUGGUAAAGAACCCGGCGGUCCGGUUCUCGCCCAUGAGCUGAGGUAUCCAGGAGGAGACUGCACGUCCGACAUCUGGGUGUGAGAGCAUAACAUCUCUGUGACAUCAUUGAGAUGAUUCCUCUUUCUUCUCUUUGUUUCUCUGAACACAAACAUAGGCUCUUUGUUUUCUCUGAAUAAAACUAACCUGUCAAUCAAGUGUGUCUCCUGCAGCGCCUCCUGCUGCUCACACUGUAAACUCAUGGUGUUUCAAUAAAGUUCAGUGUCUCACAUUU